AAGCGGUUUAGUUCCUCACCGCAAACAACACUAGUCACAACAGCGUGGAGCGGAAGCCAAUGGCCCCAAGUGAACCAGUUCCGAGAUAGAGAUAUUUAGAGAGACAAAGAGAGAGCUUUUGAGACAGGAGCAAGUUUUGGCAAAGCGACAAAGUGAACGUAUCGACGAGUUCAUAGACGCGAUUCAUUGCCAGCCAACAGUCGCCUCGCCUCGCCUCGCAUUCCGGACGUUCAGCAUUUCGAUCGAAUUGAAAAUGUCGCGCAUGCCGCUGGUUGCCAUACUGCUGCUGAUAGCGGCCGCGCAGGCAGCCCCAGCACGAGAGUCCCCAUCUGAUAGAGCAGUAACGACAACUGUUCCUCCAUCCAAAGAAGAGGAUGAGUCAUCCUCGCUUACACCCGUUGAGUCAGGGACUUUUACGAUUGAUUUUGACGUAGACCUCAUUCUAACCACCGAUUCGCGGGGAGAGAUAUUCUCGGAGGCCACCGACAGUCCGUUUGGAACUACGGAGGAACCCUUGCCAGAGUCCGUUGUCCUUCAAUUGGAGUUAGAACGAGCCCAGACCGCCCAGUCAGAGAUGCCGGACUCGCAGACAACAGAAAUUAGUGAGACAACAACGGAAAAGCCAAGGAUCACAGAAACCAAGACGCCGACUAAUAAGACCACAUUAGGGACCCCGCCCAAUACAACAACCACAGAGCCGUCCAAGGGCAAGAACCUUCAUAGCUUCUUCCAAGACAAGCUAUCAACAAUCGGAACCGCAAAUUUGGUGGACGAGAUCGUAGCCCUCAAAAGCGAAGAAGAUCAUUUCGAAGCCAUGGGAGCUACAAUGUUGCCACUCACACAACUGUUUGGAGGUGAAGGACAGUUGGUGGCGACGCCCAGAACACUUCCAGAAGUGGAAGAGUCCCGGACUGAGGCUGGUCUCGUUUGGUUGGCCAACACCGAAGCAUUUGCCAUCGAGCUAACCACACUGGUUCCAGUACAAGAAGACAAGGAAUACAGCACAGCGGCCACGACAGAGGAGACAACAGAACUGAGUUCCGAGCCGCAUUCAACAAUUACCCAGUCCCAGGUCGAAACCACUACUGAGACUAUCGAAACCACUACGAAUGCUCCUCGAACUACCACAAGCCCUGCACCUGUACUCCUAACCACCAAACACGCAAUACUUCUAGGUGCUCAGCCAGAUACUACUGCACCAAAUGUCUUGGAGACCACCACCAGCUUCCCGACUACCACUCGUGCCCCAGAGACAACCAUCCCGACCACAAACGUUCCGAGCAUUAGCAGCGCCGAAACAACCACGCGAGCUCCAGAGACUACUAUUCCGCCCACACAAGUUCCGAGAUCCAGUGUACAUACAACCACCACCACCCGAAUUCCCAUAACGAAGAGCGCUCCAACCACAGCUACAUUCGCUCCAAGAACAACCGUCAUCCGCGACACAACAACCCCCAAUGCUGUUUCUCCAACUCCUGAGCCGCGUCCCAUUCAGACGCGUGCCCCUCGAGUCGAGCGCAUCUUCAACUCCGACGGCGUGGAGGUGCUCUACGGGUACUCUUCGGUGGUGCGGACGAAUCGAUCUUGAAGCUCUAAAACCAAAAAUGUGGCCUUGUCAAGGCCAGCUUGCCAUAACGGGGAGGAGAAGAAUGAGCGAUUGAUACCCAGUUGCUUUUAGACAUAUUUCAUAUUCUAAACGAGUUAAAUAUUCAAACAUUUAAAUAUCACCCACUUGACCGAAGCACAGUGUGAUAAACCAAAAACUAAACGAACCGAAAUGAAAUGAAGCAUAAUACAGAUACAACAAAAACUGGCAUUGAGGAAUGCAAAUACGGAUACAAAAUAUUGUGCAAAAUUGUGUACGGUCUGCUAAAUGGGAAAAAGAGAAAUGCUGGAGAUAAACGAUUUUACAAAUUAUAAAUAAAACAUGAAUAGCAAUAUUCCAUUUGAGUUUGCGU